AUGUCGCAACCCGUUCACAAAAAGAAAUUCGGAAGCGAGUUUCUCUGCAAGACCCGGUACAGGAACACGUUACCACUACCACCGUUCGCUCCCAAGCUCCUCGCCCUGCCCUCAUCCACCGAACGAUGCAUCAAAUUCCAAUCCACAGGACUCGCCGAGGCAACCUCCAACGAGCUCAUCCUCGAUAACCAAUAUGCUCUCCCUAUUGACCUCAUCGAGAUGCGUGAAAACUACUUUGGAGAAGGACGACAGCACCAUCACCUCGAGAACGGAGCCCUUGUCAACGGAGGGCUGAACCAGGUGGACGACAUGUUGCUUGCUUUGCCAGUCAAGGCACCCACGGCCGCUGGCGUUGGGGCAGGUGUGAAUGGUGCAGCGGCGACUGGAUUGGCGAUCCCAAACAAAUCGCGCUUGCCGGCAGUAUCAUGGUUGCGUAGGACAGAAUACAUCAGUUCAGAGACACCCACUGGAGCAGGAAAGGGUGCCUACAAAGACUCUUCCUCGAGGAGGAAAAAAAUGGAUGUGGUCAGCACGAGGGAGGGACAGAUUGUGGCGAUCGAAAAGACGUUUGAGCGCUUCUUGAAGAAAUCAGGACCAUCAUCGGCAGCAACAGAACCACUUUCGGAAGAAGAGUUCUUGGCAGGAUUGAAGCACCCAACCAAUCCGGACCUGAAGGCAGUCGAGUCAUUACCUGUUUUCCCCGAUUUUGAUAUCUGGGGCAACGCCUACACGCUCGUUACGUUUGAUGUUGAUCCUGAAAUGAGCAAUGACAGACCCGUACAGCUUCAGGAAGAAGGGUCUUCACAUCAGAACAGAGCACAGCGUUCAUCCAACGCACUGAUCAAGCCGAUGCACGAUGCCAAUGAUCCAGAGACCUGGCUUGGCUACUACCUGCCGGACACGGAGACUGCCAAGGAGAUCAAUCGCCGCAAGAGGACCCGAGCACAAUUGGCGGCUAGUGGAUUGAACCUGGACGAAGACGAGGACGAGGACGAGAAAUCGAAGGAGAUGGCAUUCAGUUUGCAGCGCGAUUACACCUACACGACCAUCCCCUGUGCGGCCUUGUCGCAGCUCGUGUUCACGUUCAGGGAGCAAGCAGAAACGAAACAGAAGGCAGCGUUCUAUAACCCGAUGCAGUCUAAACUCAUGCUGCGCAAGAAGCGUGCUAAGCGCUAUGAGGAUGACGAUCCACCUAUUACGCAUAUUGAUGUGACAUCUCGUCGCAUGAACUCUGACGAGCUUGCGGCCAAGCGGGACGCUCUGGAUGCCAUUGGACUUUAA